AUGUCACAAACACCACCAAAUCUCACUUUCUUCCUACUAAUAUCUCUACUCAUCCUCACCCUAGUUCAGGCCGAUCACACGAUCGCCCACCGUCGAUCUCGGGCCCGGGCCUUCAUCGAAUUUCAAUGUCGACGGGCCACACUCUACCCCGAUUUAUGCGUCCGUACCCUAUCAUUCUACGCCCACAACCUCUCCAUGCCUCCAAGCCACAAACAACUGGCCCAGUUCGCCCUGAGAGUAACCCUAGCCCGGGCCCAAUCGACACGGGCCUAUGUUACCCUAGUUGCCAACAGGCUCGACCAGGCCAAGGCCCGUGACUACCAAUCCAUAAGGCAGUGUUUGGAUCAAAUAAACGAUGGGGUGGACCAGCUCACAAACUGCAUAAAGGAGACUCAGAAGAUUCGGGACGACAGGACCGGGACUCGGGACUUUUCUUGGCGGGAAAGUAACGUGAAGACGUGGAUGAGCACGGCUCUAACCGACACGAGCAUGUGUGUGGACGGGUUUUCGGGCCGGGCCANGGGGAAAGACAAAGGCCAUUAUCAAGGCUAA